GAUUUCCUCUCUGGAAUCCAGGCAAAGCCAACAAGACAUCGCAAAUGGACGAAUUGGUUUCUUGCGAGGCUACCAGCCAAGCAAGCCCAAGCUGCUCUUUUUUCGGUCCUCGCUGCCGGGUGGUGCCCCCUUCUUGCGCGUGCUGCGCCUGAUCGAGGCCGAGAUGCGACAGCAGCUCGUGGACAUCAUGAUGAAGCCAAUGAGCUUUGCUGAGAUCGCCUCCUUCCGCGCGGUGGCCAUGCUGCCGCACAUCCCCAACGCCCUGCGCUUGGCGGAUGUCUACGCCAUGGCAGUGCCUUUGUUUCUGCCCUCCGAACCGCUGAUCCACAAGUUCGUCUGGCCAGACGACCCGCUGCCUUUGCUGAGCAAGGCUCGCCCUCCGCGAAUGGCCGAGCCAAAGCCAUCGGCCGGGUCGAGUCGCCCCUCGCCGCUGGACUUUCAAAUCGCGGGGAGGCGCUUCUAUCAGUUCCGAUGGGAGCGGCACUACUGGCUGCAGUACACCGAGUGGUGGCUCCGGCCUCACUUGCUGCAUUUCUCCAGCGCGCGGGACCUUCUGGAGAAGGCCACGAUCUCUGAUGAGGCCUUACUGCGCAUCAGCGAUGCAAUGCGCAGUCACCAGGCUCAGCUGCAGAUGGAUGCGCUGGACUACUGGCAGACCGCUCUGGCGGCCGCGCUGGGCUAAUGCAGAA